UGCCCUUCCAUACCGUUUUCCGGCAGCACAGCGUGGUGGAGGUCAGACAUGAUGUUCCAUAUAACCGGCGAUCAAGAAGAACUCUUUUUUUAAAUACAUAAUCAAAUACCCUGCGUUGUGAUUAACAAGAAGAGUUAUUGGCUCGGGCUAUACAGUGUAUUAAAGGUAGUGUCACCGCCCCUAGUAAAGGAGUCUGACUAAUUUACUCACAUAGCUUUAGCUGUAGCUACGUUAGCAUCAGUGUCACCUCUUCAGGUUAGAUAGAUUUAGUCUGUCAUUGUGGGGAUCAUGGAUAACAGUGCUCCAGCAUCUGGUGCUUAUAAAGGAGGAUUUGGUGGCAUGUUUGGUGGAGGAGGUUCUGAGUUUUCUGGAGUCCCACUGAGUGGAAUGAACCCCAUCUCACCCUACCUCAAUGUUGACCCUCGCUACCUUGUGCAGGACACAGAAGAAUUUAUAUUGCCAACUGGAGCAAGCAAAACACGUGGGCGUUUUGAACUAGCUUUCUUCACCAUUGGAGCAUCCUGCAUAACUGGGACCGCUUUCGGAGCACUGAACGGGCUUCGUCUGGGCGUGAAGGAGACCAGAGAUAUGGCAUGGUCAAAACCCAGAAAUGUUCAAAUAAUAAACAUGGUCACACGACAGGGAGCAUCAUGGGCUAACACAUUAGGAUCAAUAGCUCUGCUGUACAGUGCAUUUGGUGUGGCUAUAGAAAAGGCCAGAGGAGCAGAAGACGACAUUAACACAGUAGCUGCUGGGACGUUAACAGGGAUGAUGUUUAAAUCCACAAGUGGACUAAAAGGAGUUGCCAGAGGAGGUCUUGUCGGAUUAGCCAUGUCAGGAUUAUAUGCCCUCUACAACAACUGGGAUCACCUUAAAGGCACGACUCCUAUACAUUAUUGAAGAGGACCUUGAGACCAAACCGUGGACAUUUUUAUUUAAAGCCCAUGUUCCAUGUUCCACAAUAGUGUGCAACAGAAUGGCCAAAUGUCUGAGAUUCUCGGACCACCAUAUUUAUUAUGGGCUUCACUGAAAGGCGUACAAAAUAUUUUCUGAGAUAUAUCAUCAAAAAUCAGGAAAAUGAAGUCGCAUUUUUUGAAAUACUUAUAUAUUUAUCAUCAUAUUAGACUGUUUUGUACUGCAGGUCAUCUCUGGGCUGACUGAAGCACCAUCACGAUUAAUUUCUUGUUCCAAGGUUAAGACCAUGAAUAUACAGUAUAUAUAUAUAUAUAUAUAUACGCAUUGUAACUCUAAACGUUUUUACCCAUUUGACAGAUUUCAACAUGCCGCUUGGGUCAUGGUAUAGCCAAUAUCAGGAGAGAAGUUCUCUAGCUACGGUUACUGAAGUCUAGCCUGUGCUCUGAAUUUCUCUUUUGUGAUCACAUCUCAGCCGUUCUCUUUGUAACAGUGUAGAAUAUUCCUAUUCAGUGUAAUGUAAUAACCUUCCAAAUAUUAAAUACAAAAUUUAAAAAUGA